AUGAAAAAUAUUAAAAUAUACGAUCUUGCACUCCAGUGGCUUCGUCAACAACCAAAUGUUCAAUCUGAAAUAUCUGCUAUGCAAGAUGAACAAAGUCAAAAUCAAAAUUCAGCUCGAAUGAUUGAUUUAUUUACAACACCAACAGUACGUUGGGCAUUACUUAUAACAGUAUUUCUUCAAUUAUCUCAACAAUUAUCUGGUAUCAAUGCCGUUAUUUAUUAUUCAUUAUCGAUAUUUCAAUCAGCUGGCUUCAGUAAAGAAGUAUCUUCAUAUGCAAAUUUAGGUUUAGGUGGAGCAAAUAUUAUCGUAACAAUAAUAAGUGUUUUUCUUAUGGAUCGUCUUGGUCGACGUAUUCUUCAUCUUACAGGUCUCGGUGGAAUGUUUAUAACAAGUCUUAUUCUUGUUAUAUCACUUCUUGUUCAACCAACUCCAUUUUGGAAUAUGAUGUCACUUGUUAUGACUAUUUUAUAUGUUGCAUUUUUUGGUAUUGGACCUGGAUCAAUACCAUGGUUAAUCACAGCGGAAUUAUUUAGUCAAGCAUAUCGUGUACCAGCUUCAAGUAUUGCAGUAUUAGUUAAUUGGUCAGCUAAUUUUGCAGUUGGUCUUAGUUUUAAACCUCUUUUUACGGAUGUUAUGCAUAAAUAUACAUUUUUAUUAUUUACUGGAUUUUUAUUAAUAUUUUUUUUGGGAACAUUUUUCUUCGUACCGGAAACCAAAGCAAAAAAUGUUGAAACAAUCUAUGCAGAAAUAAAUGCUGGUCAAGUAUGGCGUAAACGUCAACCAGGAACACAUUCUUUUGAAAAUCCAUCUGGUCGAAUUGAUAAUGUUGGUACUACAGUUGGCUAUCAGUCAUUAUGA